CUUACUUUAUUGUUCAGAUUUUAUUACUUUUGACGUGAAGUUAACGAUCCAGUAACUUAUGAAGGUGCCAAUUUGUCUACUUGUACAUUUAAAUGAUAGUUUGGAUGCGAAGUACAUGUGGCAUCCCUCUGCACAUAAACUACAUCAAAUCCUAUAAAAUCCAAACAACAAGAUGCCGGAAUAUAAGCUCUCCUACUUCAACGUCAAGGCCCUCGGCGAGCCCCUGCGGUUCCUACUGUCCUACGGCAAUCUGCCCUUCGAGGAUAACCGAAUCGAAUCCGCGGACUGGCCAGCUGUAAAGCCAACAAUGCCUAUGGGGCAGAUGCCGGUACUGUCGGUGGACGGAAAACUGGCGCAUCAGUCGGUGGCAAUGGCCCGAUAUCUGGCCAAGCAGGUUGGCCUGGCCGGUGCUGACGAUUGGGAAAAUCUCGAGAUUGAUACUAUCGUCGAUACCGUCAACGAUUUCCGUCACAAACUUGCGGUGGCACACUAUGAGCCAGAUGAAGCCGUAAAGGAAAAGAAGUUCGCCACCGUAAACAGUGAGGUCAUCCCAUUCUAUCUGGAGAAGCUGGACGAGAUCGCCAGUAAAAAUAACGGAUACUUGGCCAACGGCAAACUCUCCUGGGCCGAUUUGUUCUUUGUUGCCGUAUUGGACUACCUGAACGGUAUGGCUAAGACUGAUCUCGUGGCUAACCGACCAAAUCUGCAGAAGGUGGUGGAAAACGUUACGAGCAUCGAAACGAUUAAGAAGUGGAUUGCAAAGCGACCGGAAACUGUGAUUUAAUCAAGGGAACGUUAAUCAUCAUUGCUAUAUUCAACACAUUGUCUAAAGUUGCCAAACGAAGUAUUUAAAUUUGAUCACUUUCAUUACGCCUAGUUGAUUUAAUAUACGUCACAUGCAUUGAGCAAAA